UUCCAGGGCGCGAGAGCGAGUGCAGCGCAUGAACGAAGCCGAUAACCGCGCUUCCUUCGCCGGCGCGAAAAUGCGCGUAGCAAUAAGUUACGUUGCAAGUUACUACCGACACAGAUAAGCGCAUUAGAAAGGGCAUUCGCGAGGAAAUGUGAAGGCGCGCUCGCCGAUCGGCUAAGACGAAAGCAAUUGCAAGCGCACGAGGAUCUGUAUUCCAUGAUAGAAUCGGAGGGCCGCGGCCCUGGCGCGGGCGCAGCCGGUCCCAGCCAUGACAGCAAGCCCAUCUUCAUCUACCACAUCACGCACGGAGAAGACGGGCGCGUCUACGUGGGCCAGACGGCGCAGCCGCAGCAGCGCUGGAAGCAGCACCAGCGCAAGCCGCCGCAGCUGCUGCGCAACGACGCGCAGCGGUACGAGCGGCUGACGGACGGAUUCAGCUUCAGCAUCGUCAAGGAGGUGACAGGAGGAGCCGCCGCCGCGCACGCAGCCGAGUCAGCGGAGAUCCAGCGGCUGCGUGACACAGGCGUGCGCGUCUACAACCGCAUCACCGGCGACCCCGCGCGCUCGCGCUUCUUCUGGGCGUGGCAGCGGGAGCGUCGGCACGGUGGCGGCCGCAAGUAGGCACGCGCUGUGGCAAUGUUUCAGGCGCCAGGCUCAGUCAGCGGCCUGGCUGGCGGCUCUGUGCGCAUCUCUGUAACAAAGCCAUGCGGUUUCAUUCCAGGCCCGUCCCGUCCCUGACUCCGUCCCAAGGGUGGGGUGCUAAGCAAUGCCUUGGGUCAGGCAGCACACAGCUGUGCAGCGUCGGACACUCACUGCACACAUGACGGCGACCAUAGCUGGGCUCAGGGGCUAAGUUCUGUAAAGCACGUCAGUAGCGUUCACUUCGGCUAGCUGAGUCAGGCGCUGCCGGAUGAGGGCGACGGGCGGAUCCGUGUCAGCUCCCGGGGACGUGCCGCGUUGACGUGGUUGGCGGAAAGCGCUAGCGCAUGCUGGGACAGGGAGCUGCAGCUGCAGAUUUGAGCAUGGUGUGCCCACUUACGACAUCUUCUAUGAAUUGACUGGAGAACUGAGGUUGCGCAAUGCUCGUGGGGCCGUUGGGAGAUGUGCACUAGGGUGAGGGGCUUUUCGUUCAAGGUCACGGGCAUUGAGCACAUGGCUAACGAAUGCAG